AUGGCUCGGGCCCGGAACCGGGAUUUGGAGGUCGACGGGGCGACUGGGCAACUGGGCGACUGGGGGAGAUACGAGGAGACACGAUCGAACCGGGGCUGGCUGAGGGACACGUCGAAGGCCAUCCGGGGAGAGCGGGCACGACGCAUCCCCGGGAAAGAGUACCGGGGCGAUGGAAAGGUCCAGGUCCAGGUCCAGGUCCAGAUCCAGGUCCAGGUCCAGGUCCAGAGUCCAGGUCCAGAGUCCAGGAUGCGGCCUGCUGGGUAG